GCGACAAUCGCCUUUUCCCGAAUGCUGUCCGUUGCUCGCAUCCCCCGUAACAUCUCCUCCUACAUUCAGCUCACCAGCCUUUGAUCUGAUCCGAUCUGAUCUGAUCUGACCCAAUCUGAUCGGAUGUGUCAGAGCCACGUUUGAUCCUGUUAGAAAAAAAAGGCAUCGCUCUGUUUUCUUUUAUUUUUUUUAUGCAUUAAUUAUCAGGACGGAGCCAGGGUGGUGUCACGGUACUACAAUGAUUGAAAGACCAGACUCGGCUGUUUCCAGCGUUGCGCAGAGGAAUUUGGAGGGAUAUGUGGGAUUUGCCAACCUGCCCAACCAAGUUUACCGCAAAUCAGUCAAAAGAGGCUUCGAGUUUACACUCAUGGUUGUAGGUGAGUCUGGAUUGGGCAAAUCGACGCUCAUCAACUCGCUCUUUCUGACCGACCUGUACUCCAAAGACUAUCCCGGACCUUCCCAGAGGAUCAAAAAGACAGUGCAGGUGGAGCAGUCCAAAGUGCUGAUUAAGGAGGGGGGAGUGCAGCUCACACUCACCAUAGUGGACACACCAGGGUUCGGUGAUGCUGUGGACAACAGCAACUGUUGGCAGCCAGUGAUCAACUACAUCGACAGUAAAUGCGAGGACUUCCUGAAUGCAGAAUCACGUGUCAACCGGAGACAAAUGCCAGAUAACCGAGUGCACUGCUGCCUGUACUUCAUCGCCCCCUCUGGUCAUGGCUUAAAGCCUCUGGAUAUCGAGUUCAUGAAGCGUCUACACGACAAAGUCAAUGUCAUCCCGCUCAUCGCGAAGGCCGACACUCUCACACCGGAGGAGUGCCAGCAGUUCAAGAAACAGAUUAUGAAAGAGAUUCAAGAGCACAAAAUUAAGAUUUACGAGUUUCCCGACACAGAGGAGGACGAGGACAGCAAACUCAUCCGCAAGAUAAAGGAGCGGAUGCCUCUGGCUGUAGUGGGCAGCAACGUGGUGGUCGAAGUGAACGGCAGGAAGGUCCGAGGGCGUCAGUACCCCUGGGGUGUGGCAGAAGUGGAGAACGGCGAGCACUGUGACUUUACUGUCCUACGAAACAUGCUCAUCAGAACUCACAUGCAAGACCUGAAGGAUGUGACUAACAACGUGCACUACGAGAACUACCGCAGCAAGAAGCUGGCCGCAGUCACCUGCAAUGGAGUGGACGCCAGCAAGAGUAAAGGCCAACUGACCAAGAGCCCACUGGCUCAGAUGGAGGAAGAGCGGAGGGAGCACGUGAUGAAGAUGAAGAAGAUGGAGGGAGAAAUGGAGCAGGUGUUUGAGAUGAAAGUCAAAGAGAAGAAACAGAAGCUGAAGGAUUCUGAGGCUGAGCUGGAGAGGAGACAUGAGCAGAUGAAGAGGAACCUGGAGGUGCAGUAUAAGGAGCUGGAGGAGAAGAAGAGGCAGUUUGAGGAAGAGAAGGCAAACUGGGAGGCACAGCAACGUCUGCUGGAGCAGCAGAAACUCGACGCCUCCAAAACCAUGGAGAAGAACAAGAAAAAAGGGAAAAUCUUUUAACGAGGUCAGCGUCCUUUCCCUCUGCUUUCAGUACCACACGCUCCUUUUUAAACUCCCUGCUCGCAUGAUUAUGACCCCCAUAUUGCACACACAUGCCCCCCCCCCCACACACACACACACACACACACCCACACACACAAAAGUCACAUACUUACUUAACUUGCACCCACAUUUGUUGUGGAACAUUCCAGACGCAUGAUUUUAUUUUAUUUUUGUAGAUUAGUAUCACAGCUCCGUAACUCUGGUUAAGUGAUGUGAGGCGCCCUCUUGUGGACCCCGACUGUUACUGCACUCACUGCUGUGCGUAUCCUAGGUAUUAAUGACGAAGAGAAUUUAAUUUACUAGUUCUCUGAUAGCUAAUAGCAAGCCUGGUCAUUCUGUUUCAAACACACACACACACAUACACACACAUAUAUCCGUUCUCAAAACUCGGAACUAUGAGUAUGUACUCAGGAGACCUGAGCUUUAAUAUUGACCCAAUUUGAUCAUGUAGACAGUAGUGUGUGUGUGUGUGUGUGUGUGUGUGUGUGUGUGUGUGUGUGUGUGUGCGCGAACAUAUAGUAUAGAUGUACAUAUUAGAGCCCUAGACAAGCUCACAUUGACUUUAUUCAUGUUUUUCAAAGAUAUUUCUUCAGUCUGUGCUAAUAAAGUACAUAUUUUAUCUUGAUAUGGUAUAGUGCAUAUUAAAAAAAGAAAAUUCAAAAGUCACUGCAUCGUCACGUUUAAUUACAUACAAGUAAAUUUUAUUUGUAAAUCUACUCCUUCUACAACGGUGACAUUUUUUAAAGCCUUACUUGCUUUAAUAAAUCUCCCUAAAUACAUACAUAGUCAAAUAUAAAAGGGUAAGCUGCCUAGCUAAUGUGUUUGCAGAGAAAAUUGCCUAGCUAGCUUUAGCUAAUCAUCUUUUGAGUAAUUUAAGUUUUAAAACAAUGAAAAAUUCAUUUACUAUCAUGUUCUGUUAACUAAGAAAAAGCUAUAGAUCGAGUGAGAGAUUACCUUGAAUAUGACAAAUGUAUGUAAUAUUUCUAAUUAUGAAAUGAGUAUAAAUCAAAUAUAUAAUUUUCAACCUGUUUUAAGUGCUUUUACUCUGUUAAAGCUUUAAAUCUUCUUAUAAUUUUGGCAGAUUUGUUUGUUUCUUUAUUGAAAGCAUUUUCUAAAAUUAGAAAAAAAUGAUUGAUCUGCCUAUUCAACCUUAAUAAUCUGUAGAAGUAGUUUUAAUGCAGUAUAUUUGGUUUAUUGUAAUUUUAUAAUAGGAAAUAUUAACUACAUUUGAUUACAUGUAAAAUAUUUUCAUUGGCUAAGUUUCUUUUUUUUUCUCUUUUUUUAAGUUGCUCUAAUAUGUACAGUUUAUCUGUAGUGUGUCGGUCCGUUCUGACGUUUUUUCUGCUUUUUUGGAGACAGAAAUCGGAACAAAGGGGCUUGAUGGACAGCUAAGAGGCGCUAAGAUUAGCUUCAGCUGGACGAAAGAGAGUAUUUACAGUAGUGCAGGCAGAUACUUGCAAAACACACACACACACACACACACACACACACACACACACACACAUUCAUAUACACUCACAAACCCACACACAGCUGCUAACGUCAGCUAGUGAAUCCGAGGAAUUUGUAAUGAGUAUUGGUGCAUUUGUCUGUACAGUUACACACACACACACACACACACACACACACACACACACACACACACACACACACACACACACACAGAUAUCCACUAUGCAAACGUAAACAGUUCUUCCGGCUAUCAGUUAGCGAAUGCUCACACUUGCAAAAAAAAAAUCUCAGAAGAACUAACAUCUAACAUUUCCUCAACUUUUAACAUUAGAACCCAACAUCAAUCCCCCCAACACACACACACACACACACACACUUUUGUUUUUAUAUGUAUUCUGUUUUCAUCAUAGUGUUUUUUUUUCCCUUGCAUUUUAUGAUUGUCUAUUCUGUCCAUCCUAACUGUACAUUAUUACUAUUAAAGAUGAGACGGUGAUGCUAAA